AUGCUACAGCUGCUACGGCUGCGUGUCCUGCAAGCAGAAAGCGGUGCUUUUCACAGAAGUUAUGAAGAGCAUUCCGACCUGAGGCACAGGUUGGGUGCAGCGUCAAACUUACAGCUCAGGCCCUUCUGCGGCAACUACAAGCCAGUGGACAAGCUGACAGUUCUUAGUGCAGAAGCGGCAUUUUACAAGUGCCAAACCCCUAGCCUGAAUCGAACAACAGGACCCGCCCAGACUGUGACUCAACUGUUGGGUUGCAGUGGGUGCCCGGGCACAGCAUCUGCCGGACAGCAAGGGGGAUAG